AUGAAGGCGUCCUACACAAACGUCGAGACGGAGGAGAAGGAGGAGCUGGAGGGAAACUUCCACGUCCUCGACAUGCUGGAGCCAACUCUGCUGUGCGGGCGGCGGUCUGCUCGGCAUCAGAGCUUGCAUCCUCGGGUCGGUGGUGGUGCAGAACACAGCUUACGCGCUGGUGCGGCGGUACUCGCGGGGCGCACUGCGCGAGACCUACUCCACCUCCUCGGUGCUCCUCGUGAUGGAGGUCGCCAAGAUGGCGCUCUCUGCGUUCCAGAUAGUCACCUCGGACGCGCCGUCGGACGUGCCGUCGGGCAGCGCGCUCUCAAAGUACGCCUACCUGAUCACGCACAGCCUCACCAUGCUCGUGCCCGCCGUCGUCUACCUCGCGAUGAACAUCCUCGGCUUCGUCAGCCUCAAGUACAUCGACGCGGCGACCUUCGCCAUCCUCGCGCAGAUGAAGGUCUUCACCACGGCAAUCUUCUCCGUCGUGCUGCUGCAGAGGAAGCUCCACCUGCGAAAGUGGCGCGCGCUGCUCACGCUGACGCUCGGCGUGGUGCUCAUCUCGCACGAGGCGAUGCCAAAGUCGGCCGCCGCCGGAGACAGCCGCGCCAAGCUCGCCUUCGCCGAGAUCGUCCGCUCCGUCGCACAUGGCAUGGCUGGUCGCUGCCUUUUGCUAAAAUCUAAGACGGAGACCUACUCCAUCUGGGACCGCAACUUCCAGCUCGCCUUCUGGCAGCCCUUCGCUGGCUGGACUCCGAUGGCCGCCGUCUGCGCCGCGGUGGGAGGCACCGGCGGCGUGCUGGUCGCGCUGAGCAUAAAGUACGCGGACUCGAUCAUGAAGACCAUCGCCACCACGGGCGCGCGCGAUGCCGCCGGGCUGCCCUCAGGGGCGGCGAGAGGGAGUGCCAUCGUCUUCACGACGAUCCUGAACGCCGCCUUCCUGGACGGCCCCUUCACGCUGCCCAUCGUCGCCGGCGCCGUGGUCGUGAUGGUGUCGGUCUGCAACUACAACGACCGGGGCGACCCCGAGAGCUAG